AGAUUUGGAGAUGCUAAGAACAAAGACGUCACAAGCGCACAUAUAAAUACGAUUAUAAUUAAGAAGAGAAAGGAGUUUACCAAAUCCAUCGGAGAGAAGAGGGAAACUGAGCGUGCUAUUCGCUAGGGUUUUUUUUUUUUUAAUUUUUUUCCUCGCCAAGAACAACAGAAAGAACAAGAAGCUAAAGCAAACACGCCUCACUCUACGCCUCUUCUGAAAUCGUUUUACUACUCUGGUCAAGGAGAGGCCUGCUAUGAGAGUAUGGUAGAAGUUGAUGAAGUCGAGAAUCUUGAAUUUAAGUGGGGUAAAAAAAGAGGAAUUGGUGGCAGAAAGAAAGAUGUUCAGUUUUAUGAAUCAUUUACUUAUGAUGGUCUUGAGUACAACCUUUAUGACAAUGUUUAUCUUCACAAGGAAGGUGAACCAUUGCCUUAUCUCGGCAAACUUAUAAAAAUAUGGGAGAAUCCUGAUAAAUCAAAGAAAGUGAAGGUUUUAUGGUUUUUCCAACCUUUUGAGAUCUCAAAUUUUCUUGUGUUUGAAUUGACUCAUUCGAAUGAAGUAUUUUUGGCAUCUGGUGAAGGAGUAGGCCUUGCCAACGUUAAUCCCUUGGAAGCAAUUUCUGGCAAAUGCAAUAUAGUUUGCAUUUCAAAGGAUAGCAGAAACCCAAAACCCUCAAAUGAAGAGCUCCAAAUGGCUGACUUUGUGUUUUACCGUACUUUUGAUGUUGGGCAAUACUUUAUCUCGGAUAAGAUAGGCGAUAAAAUUGCCGGAAUUGAUGUUAAAUUUAUCUUUAACCAAGAGGGUUCUGGGAAGCCCUGUUCUGUUUGUAAUCUUGGUAUAGACAAUGCACAUGCUAGGGAAAAUGCUAUGGCAACAAAUGAAAGGGAUAUUUUGUGUAAGCUAAAUUCAACUGAUGAUCAAUUUCUUGAAGAUGAUGAACAAGAGGAACAAAACCCUGUGGUUGGAGAGAAGCUUGCUGCCAAUGAUAGACAAGAGAAUACGUUUAUUUGUAAAACUACUUCUCCUAAAGUUGAAGAAAAUUCAGAUGUAAAAGUGCGAUCAGUUAAACCAAAUUUCUUCCCAGGAGAGAAGCCUGUUUCUGUUGUAGCUACCGAGUCAAGUGAACUGACCAACAUCAAUGAUAGACAGGAAAAUACUUCUGGUGAGAAGAUAGAUUUGAGCUGUAAUGUUAAAGAAAAUGCAGACUUAAAAGUGUCGUUAGUUAAACAGGAAAGCACUGCUAGUGAGCAGAUAGGUAGGGUUGGUAAGUCUUUUGUCAAUCAAGUCAAAGUUGAUGAAAAGUUAAAAUCAACUAAGGAUUCAGGUGAGGUAGAUGAGAGGCCACAGAAGAAAGCAAAGCUUGAUAGUACUGUGAAAGUGUCCACUGACAAGAACAUGAAUAAAGAUUCAAGUGAGGUAGAUGAGGGGCCACAUAAGAAAGCAAAGCUUGCUAGUGCUGUGAAAGUGUGCAAUGACAGGAACAUGAAUAAAGAUUCAGGUGAGGUAGAUGAGAGGCCACAUAAGAAAGCAAAGCUUGCUAGUGCUGUGAAAGUGUCCAGUGACAAGAACACGAAUAACGUGCUUAACCCAAACCAUGAUUUUGAUGGCUAUAAUUCAAAGCCUUCAGUGCUAAAUUUCACUGCUUCUGAAGAUAAAUCAAGACGUGCUAUAGAUACUCUUGGGACAACUGGAAACUCUUCCAAGAAGGUGAAGGUUGAUGAUAAACUCACAAAACCUACUAACAGCAAGCAGUCCAAAGAAUGUCCUGCAUGGCCUCCAAAGGGUGGCAUCAAAACUGGUGAUAAAGCAGUGGGAGUUACCAGGAGGCCUGAUUCUGAUAGGAGCAAAUGGUUUGCAGAACUUCCUUGGGAAGAAAGAAUGCAGGAUGCACAUGAGCAUGGAAGACUUGUCCUGUUUCAAAAUUUGGAUCCAUGUUGCACUUCAGCGGAAGUGGAGGAUAUUGUUUGGAGUGUCUUCAAGGAAACUUGCAGAGCAAAGAUGGCGCAGCGGACUGCAUACUCUAGCACCCAUUCUGCUCAAGCUUUGGCUAUAUUCAAAACAAGUGAAGUAGCAGAAUGGGUUGUUACAAAAUUGGAUGAGGGAUGCUUGUUGCUACCGAAUCGGAGGCCACUUGUUGCCAGCAUGGCAAAUCCUUGCUUUCCAAGGAAGCAAUCAACAUUUGUAGGCCAUCUCAUUCUUGAUAAACUCAAACCCCAACGGGAGAUGAAAGAAGCGGUAUCUACUUCACAUUCUUCCCAGCCUAACACACUUGAAUAUGAUAUGGCAAUGGAAUGGUGCUUGCUUGUAGAAAGAUCAGAUCAGUUCUGGAAAAGAUUAUAUAAGGUCUUAAAUUUCUGUUCUUUAUUUGUGCAUCUGCCUUUCAUGGUUUGUGUCUGGUAAACUGGGUAUUUUGAAUAUUUUAGCGACAAGGGGAAGAGCUGGAAAAACUGAAAGCUAAAUUUAAGUCCAAAUGAGUACUAAUAGUAUUUGGCUUCCCCUAAUUUUGUGUGUACUUUUGAACCAAAAGGAAGCCUUUUUGUGAAGCAAAACCACCAAUGUGGACUUUUUGUUCAGACCAUCCGAUAGUAUGUGGUCAAGCUGGUGGAAACCUGAUUCCAACUCUGUUCUCAGAUGCUCUCCAACCAGGUUAUGUUUGCUGGAACUGAUAGAAUAUGCACAAUCAAAGGCCCAAUCCCGUCUUUGGCAGUGGAGGCAAAUUUUGUGAUGAGCAGGUGUAAAUAUAAUUCUCUUUUGCGGCUCAGUUUUAGCAUGAUGUGCUAAUUCCUUAUACAUACAUACAUAUAUAUACAUUUACGUGUAUAUAUGUAUAUACAUAUCCUCGAUUAGGCACAAUUUUGUAGAAUCCAUUCGUGUUGUCCUCUUUUUCACUUGGAGAGGUUUUACUAGCCCUUUAGUUAUGUUUGCAUGUGCCUAUUAACUUCGAUGCCGGGAUUAAACUAAAAUAUAAUGCUUAAAAUCUUUCCAAGUUACACCAAUUAUGGGUGGGAACUUUCAGGGUUAAUUCUGAUAUAAAAUUGGCUAAGUGAACGUUUUCAAAUGGUUGCUGUCGGGGGAGUUGGGUAACUUUAGAAUUAGAACUGAGAGCAGUUGCUCAUCGAUUGAAGAAGGGAUGCAGUUUUUAAGGGUUGGGUGGUUUGAUUUGGACAUCCCUACUACCGAAUUACCUGUAUGCGUUUUGUCGGUCUUGCACUUUUCGGUAGAAAGUCGACAGUUUAGAUAUUGUUAAUGGCUUAUUUAAAGGGACACUUGACAUUGACUUAAUUUGCAAAGAAGAAACUCGAGACAACGUUGGUUCAUUGAUUCUCAAGGUCAAAAAAGAGAGCAAGGCGGUGCGCUUUUAAGACAAUGAACGUGGUUCAAGACCCAAAAGUAAUGGAGGCCGAAAAGCACGAUGAAAUGGGAUUACAGAGCAAUUUAAAACCGUCAUGGGUCAUCAGAGCCGUCCAUCAAGGGGAUUCGAU